AUGUCAACCGGCGGUACAGGCGGAAAUCCGAUCUGGGGAUUCAAACAAGGGGCCACGAACGCGCAGCCGAGCGUGGAUCAAUCAGACGACCCAGACCCCAAGGGAACGGCGGCUGGAUAUGUCCCCGACCAAAGCGAAAACAAAUCCCUCCUCGGGUCCCUCAAAGAAGCCCUAAAGCCAGGCGACACGAAGAGACAGCAGCAGCAGCAGCAAGGCCUAGGCCACAUGGGGGAUUUCACGCGCGACGGCCGACACGGCGGCGUCGAGGAGACGAUGAUGCGAGGGCACAGAGACUACGACGAGUCCCACCGCGACGGGAUGAAGAAUAGCGGCGUGCUGGAGUCCAUGAUGCCUGGACAGAAGACACACGAGAAUAAGGAAAAAGGGGGGAUUCUGGGCGCGAUGAAGUCCGCUGCGGAGAAUAUGCCGAGUACGAUGAAGAAGGCGAUGGGGGGACAGGAUUCGGGACUGAAGAGCAGUGGCGGGAUUACCGGGAAGACGGAGCGGAACUCUAAGUUCGAUAAGUUCCCUGCUACGGAGAAUUAUCUCGGGCCUCGACCGGGCGAGGAUCAAGAUUCAGCGACGCGGGUGUCUGCGUUUGAUUCUCAGGGGUCGGUUGGGCAUCAAUUCUCGUCCGAGGGGAAUAUUGGUGGUACGGCACAGAAAGUCGGCGGCCCCUUCUCGAAAGAAGGCGUGAUCGGUCGCCAGUUUACGGAUAAGGGAUCCGUGGGCGGGAAGGUCCAGGAUACAAUGGGACAGGGCGAUGCCACGAGGAAAGGAACUUGA